GAUUCUGAAAGAAGACCCCCACCGCACUAAACGCCGAGGCCUGGGGAUCAGAGGGGAACUUGGGGCACCGGGGCUCGGAGUCCAGCCUAGUGGGGCCAGGAGACCCUUCCUCACCGCCAGCUACCUGCUCGGCUCACGCGUCACGCCCGCAGUCCGGUCACAGGGUGGUUCUGACCACGGGACGGGUAGCUUGGGUCUCGGGCUCCUCAAAGCGGACACCGAGCCGAGGGCCCGCCCCCUUACGGCCGAGGACACCCUGGCUGGUGGAGGUUUUAGUUUGCUGCAGUCGCAGGGCAUACAGGGUACAGACGCCGGACCUCCAGACUCUCCCGCAUUCCCUGUUUGGUUUCCUUGGGCACCGGAAACCUCUUAGGAAAGGUCCACAGCCCGGCAACUCGGUCCCUCCUCCCUAUGAUGACCUGACAAACGCCAAAGCAGCAGUCCGACACGCGAAAUUCUGCCCUGUCCCUAGGCGAUUAUUGGCCAGAGUACGCCCAGAAAUGCCCUUUUUUAAGCUGUCAUUGGCCAGCACUGGUGAGGACGCACGGCGAGGGGCUGUUUGGGUAAGGUAGUUCGCAUCUGGUGAGCAGUGUCGCGUGGUGCGUCCUUCCUGAUCACCUAGGCAACGAACAGGCGGCACUUCGAUUGGCUCAGGGAAACAGUAGUUGGAGGAGGCGAGCCUGGAGCCAAUCGGUCUCUGGAGUGGGGUGCUUCGAGAGGGGCGCGGAGUAUGGAGGGGGACUUCAGUCGUCGCCAUUGCGUAUUUGUUUCGCCGGUGGCGCCUGACGCUGGCGGCCACUGCACCUGAAGAGAAGGGGGCAGGGAAGUGCCAAGACUCUUGCCACAAGUUUGCAGGCACUUUCACUCACACCAAUGGUUGCUUCUUGCUGACCCCCGAUUUUACCGGAUGUGGAACCGAGCCCACGAAAUCUCUGCAACCCACCUUCGUCGCACAGCCCCUGGAGGAAGCUCCAGGCUCCUCGGGUCCAUUUAUACUGUGGAGACGAAGGCCCUUAUACCGAGUGCGACUGUUGGUCCGUGGUCCUCCGACCAGUGGAGGUUGGGAUUCAGAUGAGCCUGCAGGUUCCUACCCAGCCGGCAGUGUCGCGCAUGGACUCGCCAAAGCUCACUUUUUGGCCCCCGGUCUCAUCACUGCAGAGCCCAAUGACCUUUGAGGAUGUGGCUGUGUACUUCUCCAAGGAGGAGUGGGGGCUCCUUGAUGAGGCUCAGAAGCACCUGUAUCAUGAUGUGAUGCUGGAGAACUUUGAGCUCAUGACCUCGCUUGGUCGUUGGCAUGAAGUGCAAGGUGAGGCUUGUUCCAAGCAGAAUGCUCCUAUAGAAGGGUUGUCCCAGCUCAGGAUCCCCUAUCCUUCUACCCUGAAGACUGAUACCUGUGACAUGUGUGGCCCAUUCAUAAGAGACAUUUUGCAUCUAGAUCAGUACCAAGGAACACAUCCUGAGGAGACCCCCUGCACGUGUGGAGCACGUGAAAGAGAGUUUUGGUUCAAUGAAAAUCUUCCCCAGUACCAGAAGGAGCACAGUGGAGAGAAGCCCUUCAGAUGGGACAAAGACAGGGACUCAUUUGUGAAGAGCUCCAUGGUCUACCUGCCAGAGAAGCCCUUCACUUGCAGGGAAGGUGGUAAGGAUGUCUUAGACAGCCAUGACCUCCAUCAGUAUCCAGCCAUUGACAGCAGUGGGAAGUCACAUCGGAGCACCGAGUGCAGAGAGUUCUUCCCACACAGUUCCAACCUUGGGCAGCUCCCAGAAGUCCAUAUCACAUGGAAGUUCCUCAACUGCAGUGACUGUGGUAAAGCCUUCCAGAAGAACUCGGCCCCCCUUAACCACCUGAACACUCAUUCUGAAGAGACAGCAUUUAAAUGUCCAACAGUUAGAAAUUCCUUAGAGGAGAAAUCAAACCUUGUUAAUUACCAAAAAUUUCACACUGGAGAAACAUUUCAUGUAUGUAAAGAGUGUGGGAAGGACCUUAGGUACCCAUGUAAGCUGAGGCAGCACCAGAAAUUUCCCACUGGAGUAAAAUACUAUGAGUGUAGUGACUGUGGGAAAACCUUCAGCCACAAACUUGCACUCCUUCAUCACCAGAAAAUUCACACAGGAGAAAGGCCUUAUGAGUGUAGUGCAUGUGGGAAAACCUUUAAUAACAGGUCACACCUCAGUCAGCAUGAGAAUGUUCACACUGGAGAAAGGCCUUUUGAGUGCAGCAAAUGUGGAAGAGCAUUCAGCCAAAGGUCCAAUUUCCUUCGGCAUCAGGAAGUUCAUACCCAGGUAAGACCACAUAAGUGCAAUCAAUGUGGUAAAGCCUUCAGCCGGAGCUCUGCUCUCAUUCAGCACCGGAGGGUUCACACUGGAGAAAGGCCUUUCAAGUGCAGUGAGUGUGGAAGAGCUUUUAACAAUAACUCCAAUCUUGCUCAGCACCAGAAAGUUCACACUGGAGAACGACCUUUUGAAUGUAGUGAAUGUGGAAGAGACUUUAGCCAAAGGGCCCACCUCCUUCGACAUCAGAAAGUACACACUGGAGAAUGAGAAUGGCCUUUUGAAUGCAGUGAAUGUGGGAAAGCCUUCAGCAAUAGCACCACCCUCAUUCAGCACCAGAAAUUACACACUGGGCAAAGGCCUUACGAAUGCAGCAGAUGCUGGAAAGCCUUCAGCUGCAGCUCCAGCCUGAUGCAGCACUGCAGGAUUCACACUGGAGAAAGGCCUUAUGACUACAGUGAAUAUGGGAAGGUGUUUGUUCACAGUUCUAGUCUCAUUGAGCACUGGAAGGUUCAUACAAGGGAAAGGCUGUAUGAGUGCAAUGAAUGUGGGAAAUUCUUUAGUCAACACUCCAUUCUCAUUAAACAUCUGAAAGUUUACACUGGAGAAAGGCCUUAUGAGUGCAGUGAAUGUGGGAAAUUCUUUAGCUGAAAGUCCAGCCUCAUUUAUCACUGACGAGUUCACAUUAGAGAAAGGCAUUAUGAGUGCAGUAAGGGAGAGACUUCAGCAACAACUCACCAGGUUCGUCACAGAGUUCACACACAAGAAAGGCUAUAUGAGUGCAGCCAGUGUGGGAAAGCUUUUAGUGAAAGGUUCACACUUGUUCAACACCAGGUAGUUCAUACCAGAGAAAGGACUUAUGAGUGUGGCCACUGUGGGAAAAUCUUUACCUGCCUCUGUAGCCUUGCUCAGCAUAAAAUGAUUCAUACUUGAGUGGAGUCUUACAGAAAUAGACUGUGAGUCUUCAUUCAGGUCAAACUUCAUCCAGUAGAACUGCAGAGAAAUUACCUGCAUGCACCACUGAUGUGGAGAAGCCUUUGGAAACUGCUGUGCCUUUUCCAAGCAGCCUAGGGACCAGGCAGAGCUAUGUGCCCUGGAGACCCUGCCCAGCCUGCCUGGAUCCAGACAGUUGCAGCAGUCACUUGCAUAUGCAUGGAGAAAACAGCUUACUGUGCCUUCUCUCCCCUAUCCCAGAGUAAAUCGGGAUUGUUUUGGGCCCAUUGGAUGGUUUCAUUCCCAUUGCCUCUUGAGAGUACUCUGGAAUGAACUGACCCCAUGCUGGUUGAGGGGUCUUGUGGGAUGUCCAGUUUGGGCUUCUUGGGGAAGAUGCACGUUCCCCAUGGGUGGAUGGUAUUCAACUGAAAAUAUUCCCAGCAGUUCAUGUUGAUUCUGGUGUUAAUAAUCACAACUGCCACCAAUUUGUUUUAUUUUAUGAAACUGACAUUGUGUCCAAUCA